UUCCCGUCUCCUCGCGCGUCGGCGUCGCUGCUGCCUGCUGCCUUCGAUCCCCCCCCGCAAAUUCCCGCCGCCACCUCCCUCGUCUCUUCCAAGCAGGCGUCACACGCUCCAGGCAAGCAAUCGAAAUUCCCCGCCUCAGCUCCGGAACCUUCCCAAACCUCUCCUCACUCCCCGCUUCCCGAUUCCUUCACCUAGGGUUUCGCACCUCCGCCUUCACCCCGCCGCGGGCGCGCGAUGGGGGUCGGGCAGAAGCGGCGGCGUGGGGGCGGGGAGCUGGGCCGGGUGGCGGAGAUCGUGAUGGUACUGGCGGGCGCCGGGAAGGCGCGGGGCGGGCGGGCCCCGACGGCGGCGGAGCGCGCGCUCGCCGCCGAGGCCCGGGGAGCGCUCGCCGCCGUGGUGGCGGGGGAGGUGGAGCUCCGGCCCAGGGAGCUCUUCACGACCGAUUCGGUUCGCGCGCUCGUCGAGGACCUCGGGCUCACCCGGCCCAGGGACCCCGCCGGGGUGGGAUUCCGCCCGCGCAAGGCCUCCAUCGCCCACAGGGUCCUCCUCACCAAGCGCAAGAUGGAAGAAGGGAAGGAAGCUCUCGUCCCUUCAACUACUGUGCCUAAAAUGACAGCCUCAAGUGCAAAAAAUGGAUUCCAGCAUGCAGCUUCUAAGGUCACCACUGGAUCACCCAGGAAUCUGUCAACCCCAGUGACAUCCCCAGUUAUCUCGAAGCAGCCCUUGCUAAAUGGAACAGUAACAGGAGCAUCUUCUAUAAAAUCACCUAACAUUCAUUCAGCUGUUUCACUGCCACCUGUUGGCUCUGCAGAUGUCAAAAUGGAAAUUGUUAAGGGUUCAAAUUUCACAUACAAUGGAGGUGCAGAAACUAUUGAACAGUCAAAUAAAUCAGGUCAUCACACUGCUAAUAAUUCCAAAAGAAGUUCCUUACAGAGUUCCAGUCAAGCAGAGAAAUCUGUGGAUGAAAAGAGACCUGAUAUUUACCCUGUGACAGGAAGUGUUGGUAUAGGAUCUCAAGCUCCAAAGGGGGAGCUCUCUGUUCAGAAGCAAACAAUCUUCUCCAAUCACAAGGCAAUAGCAAAAAACGUUGAACAGAUUCUGCACCAACCUGCUAAUCACUCUAGCUGCUGUGUGCCUUCAACUAAGUAUAUGAAUACUAGACUGGACUGCCAGGUAUGUAAAGUUCCUAUCACCAAUAUGGGAAGUUUGCUUGUUUGCGAUGCCUGUGAGAGGGGCACUCACGUAAAAUGCCUUCAGUAUUAUGGGAAACAAAGUGUGCCAAAACCUGAGUGGUAUUGUCCAACAUGUGUGUUACAUAGUAAGGGCCAAUCCCUCCCUCCAAAAUAUGGCAAGGUUACAAGAGCUAUUGCUUUUCCAAAGACUUGUAUGAUCAGUGGUGCACAGCCUUCGCAGAUAGCAGCAGAAAACCCAACUGAAAAGGAUGGCAGUAGUAAUAAAAAUGUAGGAGCAAAUGGAACUGUUAUCAAUCAAAACACCAGCAAAGUUGGCAGCAAUGUGUGCAAGAGUGGUACAUUGGCUUUAGAUGCUACUGGUUCUAAAUCACCAUCUGGUGCUGAACCUCAAAAAGACAUUAAACAUGAUGAAACCUCAUCUGUAGAAAAGGAAGGAAAUGGCCUACCUUGUGAUGAUAUACAUACAGAAACUGCAACAUUCUGCAACAAAGUAUGGAGUAAUGGAGCAUUGACUUAUGGUUCUGGCAGUCUUUCUGGGAGGCCUCAUAUGCAUAUCAAGAGCAGUUCUUCGAGUCCAGUGAAUUAUUCCACCCUGCAGGCUACAGAAAUUUCAGGCAUAAAGCAGGCGUACCAUUCUUCCAUUGUUUCUUCUGUAGAGAAUUCUGAGAGCAAAGCACCAACUGAUGAAUUAUGCCAAGAAGAAGUCACUAACAAUAAUCGGGUGACUUUAAAUGGACAUCAUUGUUCUGAGCCUGAAAUUAUAGGGGAUCGUAAUGGAUAUGUUGGUUCCAGCACAGCUAGUAUUGUUGAUUGGGUUGGUGAUGUCCUCAAAUCUAUUGACAACAAGACUUACUAUAACUCUUGUAAUAUUGAUGGCAUAAUAUACAAUCUUCAUGAUCAUAUUUUGAUUGCCUCUGAAGGUGGCAAGUCUGGUCCGUGCAAGCUGCAGUUACUGUGGGAAGAGCAUGACUCUGGUUCUAAACUGGCAAUGGUUAAUCCCUAUGUCUUUGGCUCAGACAUUCCAGGAUCUAUUAGCAAAGCAUGCAUUGAUGAAGAGGAUGAGGUAUAUGGUUCAAACAAUGAUAGAAUUUUAUUAUUGUCUGCUAUCUGUGGCCCUUGUGAAGUACUACAUGUUGACAAGUUUAGAGAAGAGACCAAGAGAAGAUGUCAGUUAGAUAGUUCGGUGUGUAGGUUGCAUCCGAUUUUCUUCUGCAGGUGGAACUAUGAUGAUUCCACAAGCAGUUUCUAUCAAGAUUAUAAUGUUGACAAUUAGAUGGGUUCCUGGCAGUCUUUUAUGUGAAAGAGUUGUCCCAAUGUCAAAUGCUGGGAGAAGCUUAAAUCGGAUUUUUGAUCCAUCGCCUUGAUCUGAAACUUGAGCUCCGGGGAUAAUCAGACAUCAGAUUUUGUUCAUGCAACCCUAACUCUUUGACCCCAGCUCCAUGCUACGAUGCAUGCAACAAUUGAUAAGAGGUUUUCCCACUUCUCUUUGGCAGGUCUUGUAAAGUUUGGGAGAAGUGUGGAAAGAAGAGGCUGCUGAGCCCUAUUAUGCUGUAUUUAAUAUCAAUCCGUAGAUGUUCCUUAUGUACCAUAAUAUGCUAUAUCCCUCCUCCCUGUAAUUAGGUUGCGUUAUGUAAGUCUGUAAGCUGUCAGGUUGCUUAGACGGAGUUUUGGUGUUUUAGGCCCCGUUCGGGUCCAAAUGCUAAUAGGUGAAAGUACUAAACUUUAGCACUAGUGUAUCCAAAUAGAAAUGCUAACAGAGCGGACUAAAGUUUAGCUAAGACUUAAAAACUUUUGAUAAAGAUAUGAGUGUUAAUAGGUGCUAAAGUUUAGCAUUUAAUUUUAGCAGCUUCAAACGUA